CCUCCAUAAACCCUCGAUUCUCCUCUGCCGCCAACCGUGAACUCUCUCCCUCUCCCUCUCUCGCCUAGGGUUUAUUCGCCAUGGACACUGAAGCAGGGGAGGAUGCCAAGAACGCCGGCGACGGAUCUCCCACAGCAGAGCAGGAGGACAAGGAACAGGGGGAUGGCUCGUCCGCGGCGCCGCAUGAGGCCGGAGGAGAGGAGAGCAAGGAGGAGGAGGGCGGUGAUGUGGCGAAGGAGAAAGUAGAAGGUGAGAAGCGGAAGCGAGGGAGGAAGAGGAAAGCGGCGUUGGACAAGAGCGGAGAGGAGGGGGAGGGGAUGCCGAAGGAGAGGAAGCGGCGGUCGGUGGUCGUGCGGGAAGGAGCCACCCCGGUGGAGAGGCCGUCCAGGGAGCGGAAGACCGUCGAGAGGUUCUCGGAGAUGUCCCUUCCGAGGUCUCCCGUGCCGAAGACUUUGUCUUUCAAGCAGGGUUCCGGAGAGAAGCUGAAAGACAUUCCAAAUGUUUUUUUUAAGUUGUCAAAACGAAAAGCUGAUGACAACCUUCAAGCGCUUCAUGGCAUUCUUUUUGGAAGGAAAGCAAAUGUACAUUAUCUUAAGAGAAAUAUUCUCCAGUUCUCUGGAUUUGUUUGGAGCGAGAAUGAGGCAAAGCAGAGGGCAAGGUUUAAAGAAAAGCUUGAUAAGUGUAAGAAGGAAAGGUUGCUUGAUUUCUGUGACUUACUUGAUAUUCAUGCUGUAAAAGCCUCUUCCAAAAAGGAAGAAAUUAUAGCAAAUUUGAUGGAAUUUUUGGAAUCUCCUUGUGUAACUAGAGAUGUAGUACUUGCUGAAAAGGAAGAAAAGAAACGAGGGAGGGCAAAGGGAAGAAGUCAUUCAACACCUGGAGAAGCAUCUUCAGAUAGACGAAUUAAGCACCUCUUAAUGUGCAGAAACAAAGAAAGAGCCACAAGCAAUCAGCUCAAGACGAGAACGAGGAUAAUGAAGAGGGUGCUUCAGUUGACACAAAGGAAGCAUCUAGUGAUGGCGAAGGUGAUGGGCAUGCACUGGAAGAGAGUGAUCGUGAUCUGGAUCAUGAAGAAAAUGAGGAAGAUGAGCAAGAGGAGCCUGAAGCCACUAAUAAAAGAUGAACCAAAUUCAACCCAUGGAAACAAAAAGGGUUCUUCCAAGGAGAUGAACAAGCAAGACUCAAGGGCCUCAACAGAAGAGAAAUCUGCAAUGAGAAAGAAUUCUGCUAAGGUUACUAAAAGUGCCUUAUCAUCACCAAGAAAAAGUGAUCCCGUGGAUGAUAGUGAUUCCGAGCCACGUUCAACCACCAAAAGCAAACAGGAGCGUGGAAGGAAGGGACGGGCAAUUGAGAAACCUCCAGCUACCAAGGAAAACACCAGGAAGAAAAGAUCUGCUAAGUCAGAGUCAAAGGUUACGGAGAAAAAACGAGGAAAAGUCAAGACUAGUAAGGUCACCAACAGUGAACCUAGCACAGAGGAGUUGCAUGCUGUUGUGAGUGAUAUACUGAAAGAAGUGGACUUCAAUACUGCAACUUUGGCCGAUAUUCUGAGACAGUUAGGGGCUCGCUUCAAGAUGAAUCUGAUGGACAGAAAAGCGGAAGUGAAGCGCAUAAUUGAGGAUGUCAUAAACAGUAUGUCUGACGAUGAAGACGGUGAGGAUGAAGAUCGUGCCGAAGAUGCCAAGGAGGACGACACAAAGGAAGGUUCUGAUGAUGGAGAUGGUGAUAAGUAGCUCGGUUGGAUGGGUUGACAAAUUAGCACCUUCCUCGUGUAUGCGUGGCAUACUAGCACCAUGCUAAAUCCUAUUUUAUCUUCGGAAAAUGUGAUACUGGUGGCUUGGGUAACCCUAACCAUUUCAUAGAAAUGUGUAUUCAACUGCUGCGGUAGCUAAUUCGUGUUGUUCCAUUAGCUCAUUGUACAAUAGCCUUAAUUUUAUGGAAGAUUUUCCUUUAGCUUUA